AUGAAAUAUCUCCCAGUAGUUACUGCCUCGCUACUGUCUUCAGCAUUCGCACUCACUCCGCUGUCUUCAGAGGACUACGGGAAUAGGAUCAGAAAUUGUCCUGGUUAUGCUGUUAACGGUGCUAAAACUGAGCAGACAGUGAACGGACUCAAAGCACAUCUUCAACUAGCGGGCGAUGCUUGCGAUGCUUUUGGAGACGACGUUCAGAAUCUUGUAUUGGAGGCUACUUACGAGACUAAGGAGCGUCUCCACAUUCAAAUCUACGAUGAAAAAAAAAAGCACUUUCAAGUCCCAGAGGAAAUCUUCGAGCGCCCUCAAUUUACAGCUGACGAGUCACUCAAAGACAACAGUGACUUACAGUUCGAGUAUUCCGAGGCACCGUUCGCAUUCUGGAUCUCGAGAAGAUCAGAUGCAAGCAUAUCAGUCAUGCCAAACCACAACAUAAUCUUUGAGCCACAAUACAUCCAACUCUCCUCAGCUCUCACUCAAAACGCCAACAUCUAUGGUCUUGGUCAAGUAACCUCACCGAGCUACCGCCGCAACAGCUCAUACACCCGUCAAUCAUUCUGGAAUGCAGACCAAGGCACACCAACCGACACCAACCUCUACGGGACACAUCCAUUCUAUCUUGAGAAUAGGGUCAGGGGUGGUGCUUCUUACAAUCACGGUCUCUUCUUCUUACAUACUGGUGGUCUCGAAACUUGGCUAAGAGACGGUCUUAUCCAGUUCAGAGCAAUGUCAGGUAUUGUUGACUUCUACGUUAUCUCAGGUGGUGAAGGUCAGAACAAGCCCAAUGAUGUCAUUCAACAGUACUCUGACCUCGUCGGCAAGCCAUACUUAAUUCCUUACUGGAGCCUUGGUUUCCAUCUUCUCAGAUGGGGGUACUACAAUGACACUGCUUUGAAGGCAUCAAUCUACAGGAUGCGUGAAGAAAGAAUACCACAAGAGUCGCAAUGGAUGGAUAUCGAAUACAUGGUAAAGAUGAGAGACUUUACUGUUGACCCAGACUCAUUCAGCAACCUCACCAACAUUGUCGCAGAUUUGCACGAACAUGGUCAGAAGUUUAUACCAAUGAUUGAUAACGGUAUUCCAGUGCCAAGGAAUAGCUCAGAUAAAUAUCCUUAUUACGACAGUGGACAUGAAAAAGAUGUCUUCAUGAAAAAUUUCAAUGGCACAGAAUAUGAAGGUGAGGUAUGGCCUGGAUGGACAGUCUUUCCCGAUCCUUACGCUGCUAAUACCAAGGAAUGGUGGUAUGAAAGUCUUGCAAAAUGGCACAAGGAGGUACCUUUUGAUUCCGUCUGGUUGGACAUGAAUGAAGCAUCAUCGUUCUGUUCUGGAUCAUGCGGUACUGGAAGCACAGAGCUUGAACAAUAUGAGGCUGAGGACGUGACCUACUGGGCAGAAGGCUACAAUCCAGAAGUCAGCGGCAAUAGCGGUAAUAUCACGGUAGACGGCCAACUCACUUACAUGCAAUCUCCAAUGCCCACUCGCCGUGAACAGCUCGGGCGCCGAAUGGGUACUGUUGACACUAUCGAUAAAGAUAAAGCUGAAGACUUGCUCGCUCGUCCACCAUAUCAAUUACACAAUGGCCCACCAAACAAGUUUAACCAACUCGAUUUAACCACUAUUAGUGGAAACGCCACACACGCAAAUGGAGUUGCUGAGUAUGAUGUCCAUAACGCUAAUGGACACAUGUUGGCUAGGUUCACUCGUGAGGCAUUAGAAAGAAUCUACAACAAGCAGCGCUCUUUCAUCAUUACAAGAUCAACCUUCGCUGGAAGCGGAAAGUAUACACAACUGUGGCUCGGUGACAAUUAUUCGACCUGGCAAAGUAUGAGAGACUCUAUAAAGGGCCUGUUCCAAUUUAGUGCUUUCCAAAUGCCUUUCACUGGCGCCGACGCAUGUGGCUUUGGUGGUAAUACCGUCGAAGAGCUAUGUACCAGAUGGAUGGAGCUCGCUGCUUUUAGUCCAUUCAUGAGAUCGCACAACACCUACAAUGCAAUUGAUCAAUUCCCGUACACUUGGGACUCAACCGCAGACGCAUCAAGAAAGGCUCUGAAAUCUCGUUACGAACUCUUGCCAUUUUUCUAUACGAAACUCUACCAAGCAAGUAUUGAUGGAUCUGCAGUUGUGAAGCCAUUGUGGUACGAAUGGCCAGAAAUGCAAGAGCUAUUUGCCUGGGAUGAGCAAUAUUUCCUCGGUGAUGAAUUACUUAUCACACCGGUCCUGAGGCCGAACACGACGACCGUUGAGGGAUACUUCCCAGGUGAUGAGCCAUAUUACGAUAUUUACACUGGUGAGAAGCUCGCUCCAAGCGCUGACAAGGUCAUCCUCGAUGCACCACUCACUCAUAUCAAUGUUCAUGUCCGCGGUGGUUCCGUACUCGUCAAACACUCAAAGGCUGAUUUGACAGUCACACAGACGACUGCGUCACCAUUUAACAUCAUGGUCGCACUCAACAGAGAAAAGUCUGCUAAGGGUUCAUACUGGUUUGACGAUGGUUCGUCUGAGUUCGGCAACACCUCAGUCACACAGCUCAAUAUCCAGGUUAACGCUAACGGUAUUACUAGUGACUUUGGCCGGAACGACUACCAACUUGCUCAGAACCUUGAUAAAGUUACCGUUGCGGGCUGUGAGAUGGCCCCAAAACAAGUCAAGAAUAACGAUAUGGAUGUCGAGUUCGAACACGAUGCUGAUACGCAAGUCCUCACCAUCAGUGGCCUCAAACAAUCACUAAACGCUCCAUUGAACAUCUCUUGGAACUAG